UAGACAGAAAGCAGCUUUUCGCGACAGGCAUCAACAAGCAGAGACGCCUCAAACAAUUUCAUCAAACUCCAACGCUCUCUACGAAGACGCAUCAGGAGAGUUCGUUUUUCAUCAGCCUGGACCUGGCGAAUUGAUACAGACAAAAAUUCUUACUAGUUUUGGAUCU